AUGUCUCUGGGUUCCGACGACCCGCAACCGUUCUUCGACGACGCGUUGGCUAUCGGAGCUUUCCACGCCAUGAAACGCGGUGUAUUGAGCUCAGCGUCCGCAGGCAACUCUGGCCCUUCGCCGGCCACCGCUUCCAAUUUGGCGCCCUGGAUGUUGACCGUCGCAGCUAGUUCUAUGGAUCGCAAGUUCAUUUCUCAAGUCGUGCUUGGAAAUGGAGAAAUCUACCCGGUAAGCUGCUCGAUCUCGAGGAAUGAGUAUGGCGCCGUCGCCGUCGGAAUUCGUAGUCUCUUUUUCUCGUCUGAAUCCAUUCGUUGA